UAAACCUAAACAUCAUUAACGUGACUUAAACCAGUGACGUAUUACGGUUUUAAUAAGUGAGGAAAAAAAUCAAGUUAAACCAAAUAUUGAAAUAUAUCUUGACACUGAAAUAAACUGGUGAAAAAUAUCGACCACCUUCAAGAAGACGUCGUUCUCAACUACUGUAGAAGGUACUGAAGAAGUCACCUGUGUUGAUUGUGCCACAAAACCAUCAUCACAAUGGGGAGCACUGAAGAGAUCACAAAGCUUCGCUCAGUGAAGAAAAAGCUUGAUUCUAAUUCUGAUGAAUCAGAUUCCAAACCCAAUUCCAAAAAUGUCUCUGGGGCAACUAGUCCUGACCCAUUGGAACAUGGUAUUGAUGAUGAUCUAAAGCCCCUGGCUGAAGGUGAAGCAAAAUCAAAUCAAAGUGAUACAGACAGUGAGACAGAGGGGGCCUGUAAACCCAGAGAUAAAUCCCCGACAGGAGGAAUAGAUGUUCAAGGUGCUCGAGCCAGGGUUAACAGUGAGAGUUCAUCAGAAAAUGGGAAUUCUUCGAGCUCUGAACACAGCAAAAGGCAGCGGACUGUAAGUGGUUCCUCUCCAGUCCACAACUUCAUCUUCCCUGGGGUUGCUGCGUCCCCGCCCAAAUUUAUGUCACUAGAAGAAGUGAUGAAAGCAGCCAAGGGUGUCAGUAAUAUGGUGUUGGCUCAUGAGAUAGCAGUUGAUAAGAACUUCAAGUUGGAGAAGUUUGACCCUCCUGACAACAGUGUUGAGAAACAGGUGAGGGAUAUAAUGCACAAAGCCUUCUGGGACCAACUGGCUGAUCAGCUGAGUCAAGACCCACAAUGCUAUGACCAAGCAUUAGUUUUGCUGCAAGAGGUACGAGAGAACUUGUUGGACAUCACUCUUCCCCAUCACACACGCUUACGGCAGGAAAUUACAGACACCUUGGAUGUGGAACUGAUCAAACAACAGACAGAGCAUGGGAUCCUAGAUUUUGGCCAGUACUCCCAAUAUGUGCUGUCUAUUAUGGCUCGGCUCUGUGCUCCCAUUAGAGAUGAAACCAUUCGAAAUAUGAUGAAAGAGAGAGAUGUAGUGGGAGUGUUCCGAGGGGUGAUGGAGACCCUAGACCUGAUGCGACUUGAUAUGGCUAACUUCACUAUACAACAGAUUAGGCCUCAUAUUAUUGCUCAGAGUGUAACCUAUGAGAAGAAAAAGUUUGCAGAGUUUCUGAAGACACAGAAUGAUGGUUUAGAAUUAACAAGAGAGUGGCUGAUUAACCACAUCAAACCUGAAGACCUGAGUGUAUCUGAUGAUAAUGCCAUGAGAGGGGUAGUGAAUUCAGUUAUUACCCGCUCAUACUUGGAACUCCUCUCUUGGCCUGAUGACAAACUAAUGCCAGAGACUGUUGUGCUGGAUGGAAGCAGAAUACUAGAGUUACGAGAUUGUCUGAGUCAAGUGUGUAUCCUUGGCUCCAUGAUACUCGUUACUCUAUCAUCUGUGGGUCCCAUGAUCACCCAGCCUGAUGCCUUCAAACCCAAGCUCAAGCGUAAUCUGUGUAUUAUCCUCGACCCAGCAGUAACUGACAAGGAGACGAUGGCACUGAUGGAAAACUUAGCUGAACAGAUAGUUAAGGAAGUGGAUGAUCACUUUACAGAGAAUGAGAAGCCUCCAUUGCCAGCAUCUGCUAAGACUGCUCUGAAAUCUCAAGUUUUGGAGAUCAAGAACCCAGAUCAUCGCAUCAGAACACUGAUUAUGAAACGAUCAAUGGAAUUCAUUGGAAUUCUUAUGAGCUCAACUACUGCUAGACCUGUGCAGAUUCCUCCAGGUCUCUCAACCCUACAAGAAGAGCUGGCUCACAUUUGUGGGACAUUGUUACGACUUGUCACACACAACAGAUCUGUCUUUGGCGAGUAUUAUGCAGAUAUCGUAAGUAAUCAUAUUAAGGAACAAAGGGAAAACGCUGAAAGUGAAAAGAAAAUAGAAUUUGAACAGGCAGAAAGUAGUACUGUGGUUGCCACUGAAUCUGAUAAGUGAAACCCAAAAUGAAAAGUAAUUUAUUAUUAACAAAUACCUGUGAAGGCCUAUUACUGGAGAAGCACAUUAAUAAUAUUAUUACUCAAAUGAUAACUUUCAAUGAAAAGUUGGUUUGGUUUAGUGUAAGGGUGUAAAUAUAUGAUUUAAAAAGUGAGAUUUGAAUGCCAGGAGAGAACUGAGGAUUAAAGGUGAAAUAGAAUCAGGCUGCGGGUAAAAAUCAGGCACCUUGACCUAAAAUGAUGCGUGUGUGUGUGUAUAUAUAUAUAUAUGCAAGUAAAUCACUGUAGGUGCGCGUGAUCUAGGUAUAUGCUGAUAACCACAAGGAAAGAAGAAAACACGAAGUUCC